UUUUUUUAAUUUCCUUUCUCCUUUUUUCUAACUCUUUCGUUUCACGUAUCAUAUUACUAAUGUCGUAAUUACAUAACGAAUAUCUAAAUUACGAAUAAGUUACUAAUUAAGUUAAAAUCAAUAUGUAUUAAUAUAAUUGAUUUUAAUCAAACGAAAAAUUAAAAUAUAAAUUUUUGAUCAACCAAUGUUUUAGAUAUCUAACUAUUAAAAUAAUUUCGAAUGAUUGUCGACGCAUUAUUUCCAAAAUGUUCUUUGUUUUUUAACAUUUAUUAUCAUUAUAAUUGUGAAUCUUCUCAAGAAGAUUUCUCUUGAGAGUGUGUAAAUAAGACAAUAACAAGCAUUGUUUUUCCGCUUGUCAUAAUGUGUCUUGUUGAUAAGUCACAAUGUCAAGAAAAUAUCUUUCUCCCACUCUUUAAGCUAGAAUCAUAUUGUUACUUUCUAUUCGUAUCAGUUGUUAUGAUCUAUUUGAAGUAAGUACUACACAUCAGUAUUCUUCAGCUAACGAGGAAUAAAUCUGUAUCAAUCAACAAUUCACAAUCGCGUUAAAACUGGAAUAAGAUUUAAUCGUAGAGUGAAUAAAAUGUGUAACAGCAAAGAUUUUCAAAAAUGGAUUCAAGAAGUGAUGUCGAAGAUUAUCGAGAAACUUGGACUAGAUGCCGACGAAGUUCGGUAUAAGUUACUUAAAUCCACCGACAGAAUGAUGACUAGCAUACACUUCGUAGUUCUGCGAUUCAAAGACAAGACGAAAGGAGAGGAUAAUGAACUGUCUAUUGUAUUGAAAAGACCUUUGCAGGAACGGGGAGAUAUGGGAGAAUAUAGUACUCGUGAUGAUUCUCAAUUUCACAACGAAAUUCUGUUUUACCAAACGUAUGCUCGACCGGAUGAGAACUAUGCGAGAUGCAUUUACGCAAACGAAGGAGCGCCCAGUGAUAGUGUGAUCGCUCUAGAAGACGUCACAAAAAGAGGAUAUCAUCUCUGUCCGCAUAAGUAUUACGCCCCUUUAGAAUACGUGUUGGCGGUGGUGCGCGAGAUCGGGCGAUUCCACGGCAAAGGAUACGCUAUGAAGGAGCUGCAGCCGGAAAAGUUCUUCGAUAUUGUAUCACGAUUGCAAGAGGUUAGAUAUUUUAAUACGUCAAUGAACAUGUACAAAGAUAUUUGUAAUAUUUAUGCACCGCGAGCAGUGGAAUAUCUUCGCCGUCAAGGCUACGAUACCGUUUUCUGCGACAAGAUGGAAGCCGUACUUGCGAACGCAUUUGACGAAGUGAUGAUGAAAAUGGUGGAACCGCUGGAGCCCCUGUCCACCUUGUGUCACGGCGAUGUCACGUUGGAUAAUAUUCUUUUUGGGACAAAGAAUGAUGGACAAGUUCGAGCGAUGCUAAUUGACUUUGCACUUCUCAGAUAUUCGACUCCCGUCAUCGAUCUUUCCACGUACCUGCAUAUAGGUUGCCCGAAUGAAUUGAGGAAAGAUAAAUUUUUGGAAAUAAUGCGAGCGUAUCACGACGAAUUGAAAAAAUAUUUACUAGAGGCUGGCGUUUGGAAUAUUGAGAAAUAUUCUUACGAAGCUAUAUUAGACGAUUACAAGAGAGGUGGUCUUUUCGGUUUUGUUAUCGCUUCCCUGUAUAUGUCGAUAUUAUUGGGAUAUUUCCAACCAAAUAAGCAAGAUUUCAUAACAAUAGGUUUGAUUAAAUAUGUGAAGCAGCAUAAGUACGAUGGCGGAGAUGAACUAUGCAAAAUGCUCGCCGACAUGUUAUUGCAUUUGAGAGAUCUUGGCUGUUUGAAAGAUAUAUUAGAAUAAUAUGAAAUAAUAUAUAGAUGUAUAAAGAAUA